UCUGAUUGAAAAUGGCGGCAGCUACUUUGAGUCCUCAUCCAUGCAUACGUGGUGAGUGGGACGUGGAGGAAGAGAUACCAGCUGAACUGAUGGCAGACCUGGAUAUACCUGGCUACACCUGGCUAUACCUGAGUCUAUCUGACUCUACCAGGCCGGUCAGAAACUUUGCCACCCCAAAUAGAAGAGCUGGCAAGACCACAGCCACUGGACGAGACCACGGUCGCACACGACCAGAGGAUCACACACAGCAGCAAGCAGGAGACCAAUACACACACGAGGAGGCCCAGCUCCGAGGGACAUGUAAUGUUACCCCUGCAAAAGGGGUUUCAUUCAAGCUCCCACACAUCCUGCUGACAAACGCACAUUCCCUCCAAAACAAGGUGGAGGACCUGAGAGAUCGCAUGAGGGAGGAGUUACAGAGCCCUGACCUCAUGUGCUUCACUGAGACCUGGCUGAAGCAGGAGGAUUUCUCUGUUGUUGAUGAGAAAGGUUACAAUGAGACCCAUUAUCCUCGUGAUCCAAAGAAGACAAACAAGAUACGAGGAGGAGGUCUGGGAGUUUUAAUAAAAGACAGUGUCCAAGCCAAGGAGAUGUAUGAGAAUCAAACCCCAAACUAUCAAUUAUUCGCCUUUUCAUAUGAGGCACAAAACCAACCUCCACUCUACUUCAUUCUGUUGUACAUGCAACCAGGAGCAGAACGCAGAAGCACAAAAGAGGAGAUUGAACAAUACUACCGCAAAGGUCUAAACUGGUCUGAAGGGGGCCCUGUCUUCAUCCUGGGUGAUUUCAACUGGUAUGAGUUUGAUGAGAAAGGUAUGUUUAACGUGGAGCAGUAUGUGACCUGCCCCACGAGAAUAAACAAGCUCCUGAAUAAAAGAAAAGAAUACACGCUCCUGGACAAGUGCUAUGGCAACGUCCCAGAGGCCUACACAUCCCAGUGCAAACCCCCGCUGCGUUCCACAGACAACACGCAAUCCGACCACAACGUCAUUCUGUUGAUCCCAGAACGCACAACAUGUUCACAUUCCCAAUGUGAAACAUCAGGACACCGUUGUGACACCUGUGGGCGAGUGUGUGGCUCACGCAUCGGCCUCCACAGCCACAUGCGACGACACCAACCUAGCACGGAGGAGCAACUGUCUUCGAUGGACCGUCUGACAUUGUUUGACUAAGAUCCGUCUGAUUAACGGUCAACCCCUGGCAAAGUGAAAAAGUGAGAAGACAUCCGAUUCCCUACGAGGCCAAAGAGUCUGAGGAACAGCCAGCAGGACUACUAAUGACACGACCACCGACAGCUAUUUUUAGUGCCUGAUGAGCUAAAUGUAUUCAAUAUUAAAUAGGAAUGAUGUAGAGCUAUCUGAAUAUCUUCCAGCUUCUGUACCAGUUUCAUAUGUCACACACUCUACACCAUGAUCUCUUUUCAGUGAUAGUGUAAAUAGCUGGUAAAUAAAAAAUAUAUAUAUUAUAUAUUCAUAAUUAGAAGAAAGGUGGAGGAAUGUGUGACUGAGGAAUCUUUGUGUCUUUACUGUUUCUAACAUUCUUAAUCAUGCUUGAGGUGGAUGACGCUCAUUAGUCUUGAUAUUUAUUCUUAGUCAAUCAUGAAGUUGUAUGUGUGUCUUACUAUAGGCUAGUUUCAUUUUGCAUUUAUAUGUAAGUAGCAAGUUAAUCACAAAUAAAGUGUGUGUGGUGCUAUCUAUACUAUCUAUAAAAUGUUUAUAACCAUCAAUUUCUUAUAACAUUUCCAUAGAUGACUAAUUAUCUGGAAAUUCUGUGGUAUUAAAGACUACCUUCUAUAUCUCUACAUUGACGUACAAUUAAAGAUCAUUCAGAACCAAUAAAAAUGAAA